AUGAAGAUCUCGAAUAUCCCGCCGCACAGCGCGCCACGGUCUCGCAUCUCCUACGCCGUUAGAACGCUAGCGCAGACGGCGUUCGCCUAUUUUCUACCAGACGCCAUGUCGGCCCUGCCGCCCGCCGACCCAGUCUUUUACUCGCUGCCAAAACAAACCCUGGGUUUUGAUGUCAUGAGCCUCUCACGGCAGGAUCUGGCCUAUCGGCUGGCGUCAACCAUGUCGUUCUAUGCCACCAUCUACUGCGCCGUGAUGCUCCAGACCAAUUCUCUGUCGUUGCUAGUCGUCUUGGCGGGACUGGACAGCCCGGCUUCUCAUUACUGGCGUCAGACCUGGCGUAAAUGGGUGACAGGGCACGCCGACGCCAUUUCCGACGAGGUUCUCGGCAUCCCUCGCCGCACCCUGGUGUCUGUUUACACGCGGCUGUGGCUUGCCUUCUUUCUCUCUGGCGUAUGCCACAUCUCCUCGGACGUGGGCAUGGGGAUCCCGAUCUCGAAAGCCGUUUCUUUCACGACCUUUAUUCUCCAGCCUGUUGGCAUCGUACUUUGA